AUGCUCGCUUCAAAGGCGUACCCCAUGAAUGUGAAAAAAUCUUUGCUCGCCGGUGAAAGUAAAAAUGACGAGAAAACAAUUCUAGGAAGAAGCAGUGUAAAUCUAGAACUCCCUGGUUCGGCUUCUCAUAGAUCGAAAGCAUGCCCAAAUCUUCCUAAACCACGUCAAACCCUUGGCCCAUCCCAUAUGGAAUUGCCCUCCCCAUCACCAACACCGAAGUCUCCAUGCUUCGUUCAUUCCUGCCUCGAUCGAUCACUUCCAUCGCUAUCCGAAAUUAUCAACAAAUAUGACAGUGAAAUCACGGAAUAUUCAAACCUGGCAGAAACCGCCGUUAGUGCUCGUAUCCAGAGUUUCAUGAAAACCGUCAUGAUAGUCACGAAACCCGGCGAUUUACGCCUGAUAAAUCGUACGCGCGAGUUAGCCAUGUAUCUGAUCACCACUCAUCGCUUUGGCAAGGACCAUGGAGUCACCGUGUACGUGGACAAAUCACUAAAGGAAACCAAAAGACUCGACUAUAAAGGAAUGCUACAAGAAUCACCGUUGGUCAAAGACUACUUGAAAUUUUGGACAGACGAGUUGUGCGCUAAACGCCCGGAGCUAUUUAACCUUGUUCUUACGCUUGGUGGCGAUGGAACUGUGUUGUAUACAUCUUGGCUGUUUCAAAAUGUGGUUCCGCCAGUUCUACCCUUUCACAUGGGUUCACUUGGAUUUUUGACAAACUUUGAUUUUAAAGAUUAUCCAAGACACCUCACAAAUGCCAUGGAGAAGGGCAUUCGAGUAAAUCUCCGAAUGCGUUUCACCUGCACUGUGUAUCGCAGAGUGUUUAAUCCGGAUUCCGACGUUAAAGCCAAACGGUGCGCCGAAACCGGCGAGAUCAUGAUAAAACAUUAUAUGAACGACGGAGGAAGCUGGGAAGCUCUCGAGUGUAAUUCUAAUGCGGAUGCUGAUCAUCGAUUCUCUCAAGACAAAGACUUGACGUGUUUGACCACUCAACCGUAUAAAACUUUCGAAGUUCUGAAUGAUUUGGUAGUAGAUCGCGGUGCCGGUCCUUACAUGAGUUUGCUUGAAUUGUUCGGUGAUGAUCAACACUUGACGACUGUUCAGGCUGACGGUCUCGUCAUCGCCACACCCACCGGUUCAACCGCAUACUCCGUGUCGGCAGGUGGUUCGCUCGUGCACCCUUCAAUACCCGCACUAUUGAUAACCCCAAUAUGUCCGCAUACAUUAUCUUUUCGACCGAUGCUUUUGCCGGACUCCAUGGAAUUAAGAAUAUGCGUUCCAUAUAACAGCCGUAGCACGGCGUGGGCAAGUUUUGAUGGGCGAGGCAGAAUUGAAUUAAGACAGGGUGAUCACAUCAAGGUCACACCCUCCAAGUUCCCGUUCCCGACUGUCUGCCGCGAUUCACAAUCACAAGACUGGUUCAAUUCAAUUUCGAGAUGUUUGCGUUGGAAUGAACGCGAACGGCAAAAAAGUUUUGUGAACAGCGAGCAAGAGUUAACUGAAGCCGGAGAUGAUCGACUACAAAAGACUAAUAGGGAUGAUGUAAAUAGUGUAGGAGUGAAUGACGGAUCAGAUUCGAGUAGCAACAAUAGUAACAGUGGAGGCGAAGAAGAAUGGAAAGUGGUCUCGCGCAAACAUAAAAAGAAGAAGUAA